AUGGUAGAUGAGUCCCCAGAAGAAGCAAAAAUGAUUAAUAGGUCUCUAAAAGUAGAAAAGUAUCCCAUGACAGGAAUCAACCCAAAGGGGUCGGAGGGAAGUGUCUCUAAAAGUAGCAAAAUAUCCCAUGACAGGAAUCAACCCAAAGGGGUCGGAGGGAAGUGUAACAGCCGAAUGCUGCAGGAGUGGAUGAACGUCAGGAAUAAACCCAAAGGGGUCGGAGGGAAGUGUAACAGCCGAAUGCUGCAGGAGUGGAUGAACGUCAGGAAUCAACCCAAAGGGGUCGGAGGGAAGUGUAACAGCCGAAUGCUGCAGGAGUGGAUGAACGUCAGGAAUCAACCCAAAGGGGUCGGAGGGAAGUGUAACAGCCGAAUGCUGCAGGAGUGGAUGAACGUCAGGAAUCAACCCAAAGGGGUAGGAGGAAAGUGUAACAGCCGAAUGCUGCAGGAGUGGAUGAACGUCAGGAAUCAACCCAAAGGGGUCGGAGGGAAGUGUAACAGCCGAAUGCUGCAGGAGUGGAUGAACGUCAGGAAUAAACCCAAAGGGGUCGGAGGGAAGUGUAACAGCCGAAUGCUGCAGGAGUGGAUGAACGUCAGGAAUCAACCCAAAGGGGUCGGAGGGAAGUGUAACAGCCGAAUGCUGCAGGAGUGGAUGAACGUCAGGAAUCAACCCAAAGGGGUCGGAGGGAAGUGUAACAGCCGAAUGCUGCAGGAGUGGAUGAACGUCAGGAAUCAACCCAAAGGGGUCGGAGGAAAGUGUAACAGCCGAAUGCUGCAGGAGUGGAUGAACGUCAGGAAUCAACCCAAAGGGGUCGGAGGGAAGUGUAACAGCCGAAUGCUGCAGGAGUGGAUGAACGUCAGGAAUCAACCCAAAGGGGUCGGAGGGAAGUGUAACAGCCGAAUGCUGCAGGAGUGGAUAAACGUCAGGAAUCAAUCCAAAGGGGUCGGAGGGAAGUGUAACAGCCGAAUGCUGCAGGAGUGGAUGAACGUCAGGAAUCAACCCAAAGGGGUCGGAGGGAAGUGUAACAGCCGAAUGCUGCAGGAGUGGAUGAACGUCAGGAAUCAACCCAAAGGGGUCGGAGGGAAGUGUAACAGCCGAAUGCUGCAGGAGUGGAUGAACGUCAGGAAUCAACCCAAAGGGGUCGGAGGGAAGUGUAACAGCCGAAUGCUGCAGGAGUGGAUGAACGUCAGGAAUCAACCCAAAGGGGUCGGAGGGAAGUGUAACAGCCGAAUGCUGCAGGAGUGGAUGAACGUCAGGAAUCAACCCAAAGGGGUCGGAGGGAAGUGUAACAGCCGAAUGCCGAAGGAGUGGAUGAACGUCAGGUCUCUAAAAGUAGAAAAGUAUCCCAUGACAGGAAUCAACCCAAAGGGGUCGGAGGGAAGUGUAACAGCCGAAUGCUGCAGGAGUGGAUGA